CGCCUCCGAAGAGGAGGCGGGGAGGGGGCGUGGCUUCGUCUUCGUGGGGUCUCGGCCGGGCCUCCGCCGUUGAGUUCCGCGGCGGUGGCGCCAGAGGGGGGACGGGAGGGUUCCCUGAAGCCAUCUCUGGUGUGACGAACCAGCUUCUAGUGGAUAUUGAGGAAUUAAGAAACCAAAGAGCAUUAUAGGAAAAAGAAAUCAUCUCAAGUUGCUGAUCUUGCAUUAGACCAGAAAGGGGGAAAAAAGAGUCAAGUGUCCAUAUUUGAAUUAUAUCUACCUAACACUGUUUACAUGGAGGAGAAAGCUUUUAAAUGUUUUGAAUGUGGAAAAGGCUUUAGUCAUCAUGGACAUCUGAAGAGACAUCAAAGAACUCACACUGGGGAGAAACCCUAUAAAUGCCUGGAAUGCGGAAUGAGUUUCACUCAGAGGGGAAAUCUACAUUCACAUCAGAGGACUCACACUGGGGAGAAACCCUAUAACUGCCUCGAGUGUGGACAGAGCUUCGGUCAGAGUGCACAUUUACAUUUACAUCAAAGGAUUCACAGUGGGGAGAAACCUUAUACAUGCCUGGAGUGUGGAAUAAGCUUCACUCAGAGGGGAAAUCUACAUUCACAUCAAAGGACUCACACUGGGGAGAAACCCUAUAAAUGCUUGGAGUGUGGACAGAGUUUCAGUCAGAGUGCACAUCUACGUUCACAUCAAAGGACUCACACUGGGGAGAAACCUUAUAAGUGCAUGGAGUGUGGAGAGAGCUUCGCUCGGAAUGGAAGUCUGUGUUCACAUCAGUGGACUCACACUGGGGAGAAACCCUAUAAAUGUCUUGAUUGUGGACAGAGCUUUACUCGUAGGGAAUAUCUAUAUUCACAUCAAAGUGUUCAUACUGGGGAGAAACCCUAUACAUGCCUCGAAUGUGGAAUGAGCUUCACUCAGAGUGGUAGUCUACGUUCACAUGAAAGGACUCACACAGGGGAGAAACCCUAUAUAUGCAUGGAGUGUGGAAUGAGCUUCACUCGGAGUGGAAGCCUACAUUCACAUCAAAGGACUCACACUGGGGAGAAACCCUAUAAAUGCCUGGAGUGUGGAAUGGGCUUUGCUCGGAGUGGAAGUCUCCUUUCACAUCAAACGACUCACACUGGGGAGAAACCAUAUACAUGCCUGGAAUGUGGAAAGGGCUUCACUCAGAUGAGGCGUUUACAUUCACAUCAAAGUACUCACACCGGGUAAAAACCGUAUACAGGUCUGGAAUGUGGAAUUUACUUCAAUCAGAAUACCUACCUACCUUCACAUCAAAUAAUUCACACUGGGGAGAAAUCCUAUAUAUGCCUGGCAUGUGGAAUGAGCUUUACUCAGAGGUGCCAUGUAUGUUCAUAACAGAAUUCACACUGGGAAGAAAUUCUGUUAAUGCAUGGAAUGCGGAAAGAGCUUUACAAGAAGUGAUAGUCUACAUAGACAUUCACACUGGAGAGAAUGGUGAUUGUUGACACCAGAGAGUCUUUCUAGCAUGUAUAAAACAACUCUCGUAAAUGUUGGAAAUGCAAGCACAGAGUUGGGACAUUUUAUCAUAUGAGGUGUAUUGUAGAAAAAUUGAGAUUCUCAACUAGAAAUUUAUUUGUUGAAAAUACUGGACAAACAAGUAGAAAGACAGAUACAUUUGUUGUUAAAGGCUUUCAUGGCUGGAGUCACAGGGUUGUGUGUUUUCCGGCCUGUAUGGCCAUGUUCCAGAAGUACUCUCUCCUGAUGUUUCGCCCACAUCUAUGAGGAUGCCUGUCAUAGAUAUGGGCGAAACGUCAGGAGAGAGUACUUCUGGAACAUAGCCAUACAGGCCAGAAAACACACAACAACACAGAUAAAUUUGUUUAUUGAUUAGUCCUCUGACUAUAUCAACAGCAAAAGACAAGUACAAAAAAACACAACAACACAAAUUCCCAUCCAGAAACUCCUGUAAUAGUUAGCUAAAAUACAUUUUGUUAAUUGGAAGAGUAUUAUCAAAAGUAUAAGUGUGGUUAUAUAACAUUAUCUAAAGGGAGUAGAAGAAUAAGUAACAGAUAGAAUGAAGCUUUUAGAAAUGUACCCUUGUCUGCUCAUUUGUUUGUUCGGUUUGUUGGGCCAGGUUUUAGCAAACAGGUUACACCACCAGCUGCAAUAAAUCUUGCCAGUUUGAAAGGUUGGCGGUUCGAAGCCCGGUUCGGGGGGUGAGCGCCCGAUCUUCAUCCCAGCUAGCAGAUCGAAAACAGCUGUAAGUAGAUAAAUAGGUACCACUUUACUGUGGAGAUAUUUUAAUGGUGCCAUAAGGAAACACCAGAAAAAUGUGGCGAUCAAAAAAAGGAAGCCUGUGAACAGGGCUCUUAGACAUGGAGGAUGGAGUGACAGCAUUGCCUCAUGGCUGGAAUCGAGCACAACCUUCAGGAUGCCGAAGAUGGGAAAAUGCCUAUAUACCUCUAUCUGUACUGUUGUCUGUGUAUGAUGGAAUUGAGUGUUUGCUGUUUAUGUGUUCUGUGAUCUGCCCUGAGUCCCCUUUGGGGUGAGAAGGGAGGAAUGUAAAUACUGUAAAUAAAUAAUAAAUAAAUGUGUGUGUCUGUGUAGGUAUAUGUUUAAUUAAUGUGCUUGUUUCCAAUUAAUUUUGUAUUUUAUGUAUUAGUUUGCUGUAUGUAGUUUGCUGUAUAUGCGAUUUCUGCCUUUUUUGUAUUUGUGCUUUUAAUCUCUUUUUCACUUUUUUAUUUUUAUUUUUGAAAAAGAGGAUUUAUAAGGGUCAAAACUGGAGGAGCGCAUAGACCUAGUUUUAGCCCAAAAUUGGGUUUAAAUGCCUAAUCUAGAUUAUCUUUGAACAUCAUUUCCUGCCUCUGUGUUGGUGGCAUGGGUUUGAAUUCAACUGUCUUGCUUCAGACAUUGUUAUUCCUAUUUUGUUUUGUACAAUAUAUAUUCAUUGCUUUGAUCACCAUC